AUGGCUAAGAACGUGAGUACUUUGCCUGUGGACUCGAAUCUAGAGUCCAAAGAGGCGAAAGUUGGAGGAGAAUUGGCCCAGAAGGCUUAUUCUGAAAUGGGUGCUGCUAAGGCUGAUAAUAGACGGUCUACAUCAUCAUACGGAGGCUCAACAAAUGAGGUUUUAGUUGCAUCUGCUGCUCAAGGUGCUUUGAAAUUGCCUGCGCCCAAUGAGUCUGGCACAGUCGGUCCGGCUUCACUGGAAAUCACGGACCCUAAGCAGUUUCGGAAAGCCCCCUCGAGGGAAAUCAAUCUUCAUGACACCAGUAUAGAUAGGGCACUAUAUGCUGAACGUGAGAGAAGCAUCCAGAAGAUGAAAGAAGCGAUUGGGAAGGACAAAGUCGGUCACGUUUAUCCUUGGAAGUCCAUUGGAGCUUUUCUAGGUGGUGAUCAAGGUCCGGCGAGUGCCGACGCCAAGGUCGUGAGGGCCUAUAUCACGGAAAAGUUUUACAAUGACAUCUACUAUAACAUGGCUGGCAUAGUUGGGACGUGUUAUUUCUCGUGGUUGUUAGCUUGGUUAGGAUUUUCAUGGCUAUCGCUAUUUUUCGUUUUCUUUUGUGCUGCCUCUGUUUACAGAACAGAAUUUCGUCGUUUCAACCGGAAUAUACGCGACGACCUCACAAGAAUUGUUGUCGAAGAGACAUUGUCGGAUCGUAAGGAGUCCACAGUUUGGCUGAACUCUUUCUUGUCUAAAUUUUGGGUCAUUUAUAUGCCCGUGCUUUCGCAGCAGGUGAAGGAUAUCGCUAACCCACAAUUGGCUGGUGUAGCCCCAGGUUAUGGUAUCGAUGCUAUAUCUCUUGAUGAAUUUACUUUGGGAACCAAAUCGCCCACCAUCGACGGAAUCAAGUCAUAUACCAAAAAGGGCAAGGACACUGUCGAGAUGGAUUGGGAAUUUUCCUUCACACCAAAUGAUCUGUCCAAUAUGACUCCAAAGGAAGCCAAGGAGAAAAUCAACCCUAAAAUUGCUCUCGGUGUUACCAUCGGUAAGGGUUUUGUUUCUAAGUCACUUCCAGUUUUGGUGGAAGACAUCAACUGUAAAGGAAGGCUUCGCAUAACGAUUAAACUAGGCGAUUCCUUCCCGAAUAUCAGAGUCGUCUCACUUUCCUUGAUGGAACCUCCUUUUAUCGAUUUUGCUCUGAAACCAGUUGGUGGUGAUACGCUAGGAUUAGAUAUCAUGUCAUUUUUGCCAGGCUUGAAGACUUUCGUCAAGACAAUGAUCAAUUCGAACGUAGGACCAAUGCUAUACAAUCCCCACAAGUUGGAUAUUGACGUUGAAGAAAUUAUGGCAGCUCAUUCCCAGGAUGCUACUGGUGUUGUGGCCGUGACUAUUCAUUCUGCCGAUAACUUGAAAGGUACAGACUUCCUUGGAAACACAGUUGAUCCGUACGUUACGCUCACUACCGAGAAUGGAAAUAUUGGCGAGACAACUAUUCGUACUUCUGUCAAAUCAGACGUUAAGUCACCACGUUGGAAUGAGACGAAGUAUGUUUUGGUAAACAGCCUAGAGCAAAAGUUAACCUUCUCCUGCUAUGAUUUCAAUGAUAUUCGCAAGGAUUCGCUGAUCGGGAAGACCGAAUUUGAUUUACACGAACUUAUACAAACACCUUCUGUCACCGGCCAAGACGCUAAACUGAUUUCAGGUGGUCGCUCCAGAGGUGUUCUUAAAUACGACCUCCACUGGCUACCCGUCAUUUCCGAAGAAGGCGCUAGUGCAUUGGAAGAGAAUGAGGGUGAUAUCGAAAGGCAACAGGAAGACGAUGAUGCUGAAGCUAAUCUCUCAGCUUCGGAUGUUGGUAUUUUGAAGGCUACAUUCCAUAGAGCCAAAUUCUUGAAGGCCGCUGGCUCGUUACAAGGUGCUUUGAGUCCAAGUGCAGAGAUGUUGAUUGAUGGCAAAGUGGUUAAGAGCUAUAGAACUCUUCGCCGGAUCAACGAGCCAUCCUGGGAGGAAAGUGUUGAAGUUCUGGUGCCCUCUAAGAAGAAUUCUACUCUAGCGAUCAAGAUCUUCGAUGAAGGUAUGGCUGGUCGGGAACUUCUUUGCGAUUAUUCAGCCUCUAUGGCUGACAUUUUGAAUCUUUCCGAAUUAGGACAAACUAUGUUGAAGGCUUCCCCACAAGGUGAACUCUAUUUGUCGACCAUCUGGAAGCCUCUUGCUAUGACUGGUGCCUUCGCGCCCGUCAAUUCUGUGCGUGAUCCCCUUGGCGUGAUCAAACUACAUAUCAAGGAUUCUCUUGUUGACGAACAUCUAUCUGGUGUGGGUGACAUUGAUCCAUAUGUCACUGUUUCAUUGAACCAUCAGAUCAUACACGAGACUAAGUACUUUUCAGAGAAUCGGGAACCCAACUUCAAUUCAGUUGUUUAUGUCCCAAUCACCUCCGAAAGUCAACAAAUUGUUUUAACAGUCAUGGACUACCAAAAGGUUAAUAAGGAUCGUGAAGUGGGGUCUUACACCAUUCCUGUUUCCAAGGUCAUGAAAAAGGACCCAAAUACCAACAAGUAUGUUGCAGCUGAUAACCUUGGUUCAGCUCAAUGCAGACUUUUGGAUGAGAAAAUGAAGCUAACUAAAAGCUACAUUAAUGUCGACAUGUCAUUCGUGCCCGUUACUCAAGUUUACCAUCCAGAUGAGCUUUCUAAAAUCGAACACUUGGAAGCUAAGAUUAAGGAAAAGAGGGAGAAGUUCGAAAAAGAACAAGAAACGCUAAAAAAGGAAAUGGAGCAGCAUCCAGACCAGUAUGAAGUGGUUGAAAUGGAUGUUACCCAUGACGAAGAAAAAACUUUAGGUAAAAAGGAAAAGAUGAGUCCUGAGCAGUUGCUAAGCGAGAACUCCGGGGUGGUGGACUUCCAAAUUCUAGGAGGCAAACUUCCCAAGCAAUCUGCACAUCUGCAGGUCUUGUUUGACGAUUUACCAUGCCCAGCCUCAACUUCUUUGAAAUCCAAGACUGGUAAGGCUAUUCCUGACAGUGGAUCGUGCUUCAUUCGUGAUUUGAAUCACAGUCGUAUCACUUUCAGGCUAUCAAAGAAGUUCAAGCCAAGGGAUCUGGACCAUGUUUUGGAAGAAGCGUCAUUUUCACUAAAGAAGCUUUUGCAAAAUGGAAUUUCCGGUCCAACCACUAUCAAAUCCAAUGGAAUUGAGCUGGAUGUUCGGUUUUUGUACACGCCAGCGGCCAUGAAAUUGCCUGCUUCGGAAUCUAUCGAGGACACAGGAUCCUUGAAGCUAAACAUCGUUUCCGCCGACGGCCUUCCAUCUCAUGAUAGAAAUAAUAAGUCCGAUCCAUUUGUGGUAGUUAAAGUAGAUGGGCAGAAGGUUGAAAAGACUGAAGUUAUCAAGAAAUCGCUUUCUCCAGUAUGGAAUGCGCUGCUGGAAAUCCCCAUUCCUUCUAGAUCCAGAUGCGAGGUUCUGUUGGAAGUUUACGACUGGGACAGAGCAGGUUCCAACGACCUUCUAUCUUCUACAAAGCUUGAUACUAAGUCGCUUGUGCCUGGCAAGACCCAUGACCUCAAUUUGGAUCUCGACCCUCAAGGUUCCAUCAAGCUGAAGGCAACUUUUGCGCCUGAAUAUCUAUUUCCUGCCUUAGAUCCUGCUAAAGGAGGACUAGCUGUGAAGCCUUUCAAGGCUAUCGGAAAUGUGGCCAAUAUGGGUGUUGGUGUUGCAGGAGUUGGUUUGGGUGCUGCCCACAGUGUUGCUGGUGCGGGCCUCGGAGGAGUUCAAAAAGGUGGGAAAUUCUUAAAGGGGUUUGGCUCCAAAAAGUCCAAGAAGGAUGCUCGGAUGCCGCGGUCUUCUCAAGACCUCGGCGAAGUCCAAUCGUCAGAGAAUGGUAGCACCAAGCCAAGGGUUUCCAUGAACCCAGAAGACGUUGAUAUUACCAAACCUAACAACAGUUAUGCUGAAGUUCAAGGCAGCCACGGCCCAAUGAAUGAUCCCGCACCUUCCCCAACAAAAAAUGGAGACGGGUCGAGUGUAGUUGGCGCACCUGGCCCAAUACACAAACGUUCUUCUUCCUCGGCCAGCAGUUUUGCUCGUACUCUGGCACCAAACGGUACCUACAAAGGUAAAGUCACCGUCGUCGGGGCCGACAACAUGGGUAAAGCUUCUCUACAAGUGCGCAUUUCGUUGGCUCAAGGCGGAAGGAUAAAACAUCUGUACCGCACCGAAAACAAGAAAACGUCCGACGGGCGUGUUGACUUCGAUAACGAGUCUUUUGAGUUCAAGGCCAGCCCCGAGGCCAACCUUGUUUUUGGAGGUGUAGCUGCCCACCGCUUCGGCAAGGACACCGAGCUAGGAGUUGCCCAGGUCAACCUAGGCGACUCCCAAAUCCAGCAAGAGGGCCUACUAUCUCUGAAGCUGGGCAAGGGUAACCUACUGUUGAAAAUCCAAUUCGGCGAUGACGACGUCCCACCUUUGCCAGAUAUGCCUGCAGAAUAUAAGCAUUAG